AUGGUGAGUAUCUCGCCUGAUACUCUCCGACUGCUAGAGAGCAUGGUCCACACCCCACAUGCCACAUACGAAGAACUCAAUCUGCUGGAUGCCGGAGUCGAGCCCGAGGCAAUCCGCGAGCAGAGACUGCAGAGAGCGUAUAGGGUCCUGGGCAUUGUCAACGAUGAUCAGAUGGAUGGCGCUCGGGGACCUCCGACUAAGAGACGGCGAUGCUCUGAUCCAGAGAACCAGAUCAGCGACCAGCAGGGACCGGAUGGACGCUCGAUUGACCAGCAACGCUCUGUAAGCAGGCGAAGGCCUUACGUUCGGACGACUGAAGCCAGAGAAGCUCAUCACUCCCAACGACCGAGAAGUCGUAGUUCGACGGCAGUCUCUCCAACAACGCCCGUUCGUGGUAACAGGUCAAUCCUGGAGCCUCCCACAUCUCCCCCUCCCAAUUCGGCUCAUGAAAUAGUCAAUGGAUCGCCACAAUCAAACGGUCGAAGAGACUCCCGCAGGGAAAGCUUGAGUUCAACUCCAGUCUCGCCGACUGCACCUACUUACUCUGGCUUCCCAAGCGCCGGACUUUCCACCUCGCGCCGACUCAGCACAAGCUCUUCCGUAGCAACUCCAUCGCCAGUCAAUGGCUAUGCAUCGCCUGCAACUACCAACGGAUCUUCGAUGCGUAAUAGCCGUAGCAUGGUGUCACUACCGCUCAAUCGGGGUCAGCAGCAACCUAGGAGAAGAUCUCCCGCUCACAGACCCAGCUCUAGUACGACAAGUCUUACAAGCAUCCCAGAAUCACAGACUGCGAGACAGCUGCGAGACGAGGAGUCGAGCGAUGACAACAGAACAAACGGGACUUGA